AUGACGAAACUUACUCAGACUCAGAAUCUUCACAACAAUAACUUCUAUAAUCCAGUGGAACGUAAACGGGUACACCCACCUAGAAAUGAUCCAAACAUUAAUAAAAGAUACCUCACCAUUAAUACUUUGCAUUUAAGAAACUCUAUAAAUAAAUUUAAACACGAUCAUACUCCUAAACUCAAAAAAAAAUCCUUAUUUCAAAAACCGACAAAAUACAUUCAAAGCAAGUGGCGGAGUUUUGCAAGCAACACCUUAGAAACUGAGAAAAUUUUACUAAACACUCCCCUUGAAGCUGUGGCUAUUAGUAUUAAGGAUACUAUUAAGGUUGAUUUGCGUCAUUUAGACGAGAUAAAAGGAGCAAACACCGUUGAGAUUGGAAUCGACCUGACAGAAUUCUACACGUCUGUGGAAUGGGAUAUUUUAGAAGUUCCUGCUAUUAGGAAUGAAAAGUUCUACACGUGCUGUGACGAACCAUACCUCGAUAUAACAUUCAACAUUACAAUGAGACGAAAAACGCUCUUUUACACGGUCAAUCUCAUCAUACCGUGCAUGGGAAUUUCCUUCCUCACCGUACUUGUGUUCUACCUGCCCUCUGACAGCGGUGAAAAAGUGAGUUUAUCAAUCUCCAUUCUGCUGUCGCUCACUGUGUUCUUCCUCUUGCUAGCCGAGAUUAUUCCACCCACGUCGCUGGUGGUACCUUUGCUGGGCAAAUUUGUAUUAUUCACGAUGAUUUUAGAUACUUUUAGAUCGUCAGAAAAACAUUUUUGA